AUGAAAUACGGCUCUGAGCUGAGCCAGAGGUCGGUGCCGGAAUGGAAGUCGCACAACCUCGACUACGACGAAAUCAAACAGCUGAUCAAACGGGCCACUACCGACGACGCCAAAGACCCGACGACGGAAACGCACGUGCUGGAGGCGCUGAAGAACGAGUUUGAGCACAUUUCGCUGUUUGUGCGGUCCAAAACGGGCGAAAUCGACCGCCGCAUCAUCCACUGCCAGAAGACCAUCGACCACAUUUCCGAAGACGACCGGGUCAAGGAGGAAACCUACGCGGCCCAGGGAAAGAGCUAUGCCCACCACCUCAACUCCAAACGCCGACAGACCCGCCUGUACAAGCUGCGGACGGAAAUCAACCGCGUCACGGUCGAGGUGCAGAACCUGGCCCGAUUCAUUGGCGUCCAGAGAACCGGGUUCCGCAAGCUGCUCAAAAAAUACGCAAAGUGGAGUGGCAAACAGACGCUGCAUCAGUCCUUCCUGCCCACCCUCGACGGCAUGUACUCCUUCACACAGCAGGACUUCACCCCCGUCUUCCUCGAACUCUCCUUCAUCUUCGAAACCCUCAGACAGGCAAAGUACCAGUCCAUCAACACAUACAUCCAGACCGCCCUGGGAGACAGAGACGGAAGCGACCCCGCCCAGUUCGACACAGAAAUGGUCACCCUUGCCACAAACAUGCCCAACGCAGGAGCAGUCGCCAUGUGGGUCCACCCAGACCACAUCACCGAGCUCAAGGUCAUGCUACUCAAAACCAUGAGCUUUGUGGACUCGCCUAAAACACUGCGACAGAAGGGAGAGGUGCUGGCCACCUCUGUGGACACAAACCAGGGCCCCAGCACCCCCACGCUGUCGCGACGCCCGUCUCUGACCCUCACCCGGGCACUGUCGGACCAGCACGUGACCGAACACUCGCAUGCCGUCUACCUGGACGACCCCCGCAAACUCAUUUCCAUCCAGACAAACACAGAGCCCGGACAGAUUCGCUGGGUCGACGUGCUCCCAAAGGACUCUCUAAACAGUGAAUCCGACUCCCCCCACCAAACGAUGCAUCUUUCGGAAGCCGGCCCCGAAACAGACCCCGACUACGUCCUGUGCGCCCCCGUGGGCGGAUUCCGGCACUUUGCGGCGUCACGCGUCUCCCGUGACCUCGCCGACGCCAUCUACCACUCCAAUCUCGAGGACGCAAAGUGGGAAAUUGACAAUCUCAACGGUAGUGGUAAGCUGGCGGUCGAGUGGGUGGCCAAGCGAAAUGCCGUGCCCCUAUCGCAGGCGUCUAUGCACAGAUCGCGGUUCCUGUUUGAAGACUCGCUCAGCAUGUCCAUUGGCGAACGACGCAAGUCUGUGUCAAUCUUCGAGCAAGGUACCCCCUCGGGAUCGACGCUGGAUAACCCUAACGAGUCGUCCAAGGUGUGGGCGACGCUGGACGAGGGCAUCACCGUCAAGCGGGCUGGAUUCCAUGCACACUUUUCCAAGGAUGGCCCCAAGUCUGCAUCUUUCCCGUAUGCCGUGCUGGAAAUUAAAUGGAAGGGUCUCAAGCCGCAGUGGAUCGAGGACAUUGAAAAGUCGCAUCUGGUCCACGUGGUCGAGGGCUUUUCCAUCUACUCGCAUUCUAUCGCCCUGUUCCAUGCCCAGGCGCUGUCCAAGCCUCCCCACUGGAUGAAGACUCUCAACAAGGUGGAUCUCCUCAAGUUGCCUCCCAAGAAGGUGAGAGAGGAGCCCACAACAGCAUCCGGCAACACCGCACAACUCCAGUUGUCACGGGAUUCAAACACACACCCUGUGUCCGGCUCAAUUCUGCUCAAUUCGAGCCCUGGAUCGAUCCCCUCACUGACUGAUGAGCUGUCCGACACGUCGCAGGAGACUACCGAGCCCCCCAAGGUGCGGUACUGGAACGAGUUUGACAACCCCGAGGACGGCGAGGACGAUUCUGGCAUUUUCAUCUACACUAACGGCGACGAGCAGGGUCUGACACACGACUUCCUCACCGAGGGACACGUCAACAAGCUGAUUCGCAUUUCAGACAAUCUCGCCGACAAGGUGCACAAGACGGCGUCCAAGGUGCGGAAGCUGAUGGGCAUCAAGCCCAAGCGUUCGUCGCUGUCGGACGAAGAGUCUGCGUCCGACAAUGAGGAGGAGUCUCUUUUGAGAGGCCGACUCUACUCCCCACGUCUUAACCCCAACUACAACGACUAUGACUACGGGUCUGCAGCCAGUUCGGUGUCGGAGCAGGUCACGGACAUUUACGGCGAAGACGAGUUUGCGGGCUACGGCCAGCAGCAGCAACUUGUGGCCGACCGACGUGACCGGGUUCUGUCGCUCUUCUAUUCCACCUGUUUCCUGCUGUCGACCCUGAUUGUGGGUGUGCUGUGUGGUAUCAUUGCAGGAGAGGAUAUGAACCAGGUGUCUGGAGGCGCCAUUGCGUUUUCUUUCCUUGCCUUUAUGUUUUCCACCGCACUGGGUAUUGUGGGGCUGACGCUGUAUCUUAUGCGAACCUCGACGCCGUCGCUGUGGCACCAGUCGUUUGUGUUUGUCGUCAUGAUGCUCAACGUUUGCUUUGGCGUUGGAGGGUUUGCGUGGUUGUUGGCGGAGAUUGUGUAA